GUUGGACUCGAAUGUUAGAACUGUGUUUUGCUACGUACUGUAAGUGUCGUAUCUGUUUCAGCGUACUUUUGUUUUUGGGAAAGUCGUAAUAAUAUUCAUAUCUUUUUCUUCAACUACCAUAGUUUUUAAUAUUUUGGCUUUAAGUAUUUACUAGAAGAAUCUGCAAAAAUGAAAUGGAUGUUUAAAGAGGACCAUUCCCUGGAGCACCGAUGUGUGGAGUCUGCAAAAAUCCGCAACAAAUACCCUGACAGGGUUCCGGUGAUUGUGGAGAAGGUGUCCGGCUCGCAGAUCGUGGACAUCGACAAGCGAAAGUACCUGGUUCCUUCGGACAUAACGGUGGCCCAAUUCAUGUGGAUCAUCCGGAAGAGGAUCCAGCUGCCCUCCGAGAAAGCUAUCUUCCUGUUUGUCGACAAAACCGUCCCGCAGUCCAGCCUAACGAUGGGACAGCUGUACGAGAAAGAGAAGGACGAGGAUGGCUUUUUGUACGUGGCGUACAGCGGAGAGAACACGUUUGGCUUUUAAGACCCUCGUAGCAGCUCAGCCUGACCCCUGGCUGACCACCGCCGCCCCGCCUUCCCCCUCAACCGAACGCCACACCACCCACCCCUCCCCCCCCCCCCUUCAGACAAGCUUGAUUGUACUGUAGACAAACUUGUCGUUCGGAAGAAAGCAGAACAAGAGAAUGAUCCCCAUAUUAACCAUAUUAUGGAUGCAUCUGUAUCUCUUGUACUCUAAUAUUGUAUUGAAGCUGUAUCCAUCGUUAGAUUGUUUAAAUUAUGUUUAGUGAAGAACACGAAAAGAUGGAGUGCCAUUUUGUGUAUACUGGGUCAUGGAGGAUUUUCUGUAUUGGAUAUUUUUAUUUCAUUUUAUUGUUAUAUAACAAAUGUUUGUUUGUUUUACUGUUGUUUGGGGUUUUGUUUUCUUAAGAUUAUAUUUUAAAGAAUUUAAUAUUUGAAAGGUAAGGUAGCUGGAUGACCUAACCAAUAAAGAAUAAAUUUAAAA